UGCGGAUGUCUCUGACCCUCCCGACCCUGUCCGUGGGCGUGGCUCGCGCCCGUCCGGGCGGCCGCCGGUGGCUGAAGACGGUGCUCCGGCGUCGUGAGGCCGGCGGGCGCAGCCAUGCCCCGGUAUUACGAGGACAAGGUGGAGGGCGGUGCGUGCGCGGGCGUGAAGGAGGACCUGGGCGCGUGUCUGCUGCAGUCGGCCUGUGUGCUCCAGGAAGGGAAGUCUCCACGGCAGUGUUUGAAGGAAGGGCACUGCAGAGCCCUGCAGUAUUCGUUUUUUGAGUGUAAAAGAUCAAUGUUGGAUACCAGAUCAAGAUUCAGAGGACGAAAAGGAUAUUGAUAACAUUAUGGUAAAAGCAAGAAAAUUACCCUGGAUUUUCUCUGCUCCUUAACGGAAAAGAGCCAAAAGGAAACACAGUAUCUGCUGCAUCUGCUUGACAUCUGGACCAGGUUCUCCCUCCAGAGAGCACUAGAGAAAAAUGGAUAAAUGCUGCUUCUGAAUGAUUCUGUCUCAUGAAGUCACUUACAGAAGAUACAUUUAAUUGAACAAUUUGGGCUAAGAAUUUAAUGUGUUUUGGGAAUUGCCUACUGGAAAGAUUAUUUUCAAGAAUGACGUCAAUCAGAUUACAUGGUGUGUGCAUCCAGGAGGCCAUGUGACACAAUUGGUGACAUAGGACCUGUUGUCAGGGUUCUUCCAACUCCUGUUUCUUGGUUUCAAUUUAAUACAGCCCUCUCCUCAUAAUGGAAUACUAUCAGCCAAUGUCCACACCCUUAAGAUCUGUGUGGCCCAAAAAGGAGAGUGUGGCCCACAGAUCACACCCCACUGAAGCACUCUGCUCUUUUCUGGGUCAUGCUCCUGCUCCAGCCUUUAUGAUCUUAGCUAGAGCCUGGCCUCAGGUUCUGUGCCUACUCCACUCACAAUCUCAUUGGAUGAGUUAUGGGCCUCAUCCCUAAACACUGGCAACAACAGAUGUUCACUCUAGAUAGCAAAUAUCAAAGUCAUGAUGUGAUGACAAAGUUUAGAAUAUUGGCAAUUUAUUUUGAUCACUUAACGCAGCAGAAACCCAUCAGGAAGCUAAAUUUCCAGUUUGAUAUUUGGCACUAAACAGUGGGAGUUGUAGUUCUUCAUCACUGCAGAGUUCACGGGGGCUAAAGCAGUCAGGGACUGUGUAGUUGCCUUGCUGAUCUCAAAGUGUGAAGCUGCGAGGAUUCCCCAGAAAAACACUGAGCUCCACGGGAGUGGGGAAUGAUGCACCCUUUAGUACUGCUGCUGUGUACCACACUUGGCGUGUGUCUGCAGUGUGGAGGAUCACGCCUUCUGCAUGCUAGGCAAGUGCUCCACCACUGAGCUACACUCCCACAAGUGCUUCAACUUUGGUUGAAAGUAAUUCUGAUUAGAAACUGAAAUAUGUUUGUAUAAAAAGCCUCUUUGUUAGAGAUAGCUUUAUUUGGAGAAAUUCUCGACACAAAAUUGGACCUUUGAUUAUUAGUAUACUCAUAGAGCAUGUAGCAGUCGCCACUCUAAUUCCAGAAGUUCCGUCACUUCUCUGCACUCGUUAGCAGUCUGUCCUCAUUCCUCUCUCCGUUCUGCCCUCAGCCGCCAGUAAUGGAUUGGUUUCUAUGGACUGUCUAUUCCAUAUCUGUUAGUGGAAUAUUUAGUGUGGUCUCUUCUGACUUGCCACCAAGUUAUUAACAGGUUUAUUUUUGCAGCAUCACUCUGUAAUUCACUGCUGCUAAAAUAGCAUUCCGUAGUAGACGGACGCCAUGCUUCUUUAACCAUUGAUCAGCUAGUGAGCUCUGAGCCGUUUCUACUGUGAACGUCUGUGAAAAGGUUCGACAUGUUUCAUUUAAUACUUGCCUUAGAGUGGAGCUACAGGGUUGAAUGGCAGCCUCCAUCUAUCAUUUUCUACAGUGGUUUCACCACCAUUUCAUACUCUCAGCAUAGCUAGGUUCAAGUAUCCACAUCACUGCUCACGCUGCUGGCCGACAUUCUGCUUGGUAUGAAGAGGCAUCUGGAGAGAUCUUGAUUUGCAUUUCUCUAAAGUCUAAUCUGAGCGUGUUUUAUGUGUUCAUUGGCCAUCUGUAUGUUGCAUUUGCAGUCUCCAGUUUGGUUUUCAGUUGUGUCUUUUCAUUUUCCUGUAAGAUUUUUUUUUUCUUUGUGGAUACAAGUUCUUUAAAGAUAACUUGCAAUUUUUUCCUCUUGAUACUCUUUGAAGCAUACUUUGCAUUUGUAUGUGCUUUUGAAACUGGGUCUUAGCCCAGGCUGGCCUGGAAACUAGAGCAAGCAGUUUGACUGCUUCACUUCUCAAAAUGCUGAGUUUAUAGGCACAAGCCACCAUGCUUGGCUGAAGAACAGUUUUAAUUUGGGUAAAUUACAGUUUUUUUUUUCUUUCAGUGUGCUCUAAGAAACCAUCCUAACCCAAACUUACAGAAACUUACUUGUGUCUUCAUUGAAGAAUUGUAGAUUUUUACCUCUUGCCUAUAAGCCCAUGCUUGCUUUCAAAAUAAUUUUUUUUUUUUUUUUAGACAGCAUUUCUCUGUGUAACAACCCUAGCUGUCCUGGAACUUAUAGACCAGGUUGGCCUCAAACUCACAAAGAUUCACCUGCCUCUGCCUCCCAAGUGCUGGGAUUAAAGGUGUGCACCACCACCGCCUGGCUUUGCUUUUAAAUUAUCCCCCCCUCUCCCCCCACAGGGUUUCUCUGUAGCUUUUGGAGCCUGUCCUGGAACUAGCUCUUGUAGACCAAGCUGGCUUAAACUCACAGAGAUCCACCUGCUUCUGCCUCCUGAGUCCUGGGAUUAAAGGCGUGCGCCACCACCGCCCUGCCUCAAAAUAAUUUUAUACACCUUUAUUUGUAGGCAUAUUUGAAGUUUUUAGUUAAAUAUGAAUAGCAAAACUUAGCAUCUUAAAGUGUAUAGGUUAGUAGUGUUGAGCAUUCACGCUGCAGUCAGUCUGCAGAAUUCUUCGUCCACCUCACAAAAUGUCAAGUAGCCCAUGUUACCUCCCUGCCGCUGUCAGGUCAUCCCUCCCUCCCUUGGCAAGUCUCUUUAGUAAUCUCCAUUCUACUUCCUGUUUCUGAUUUGAGUACCAUAAGUGCCUGGUUGGAUGCAGUCUUAGCAUGUGGGUUUUUUUUCAGGGAUGGGAUGGGGACUGGUUUAUUUCAUAUAGCAAAAUACAUCAAGGCUUAGCCAUGAUGUAUCGUGUAUUUCUUUCCUUUGUAGGCCAAGUAGUAUUGUAGUGUGUCCUCUAUCCUGUUACCUCCUUCCUCAGCAGUGGACACCUUGGUUGUUUCCACUCUUGAGCUCCUGACUAUUGCUGUGAACAUGUAUAUACAAACCUCACUAGGACCCCACAGUUUUAGCGCACACCUAGCAGUCUGUGUAGUAGAGUAAUCGUGUUUUAUUUCGAGGCACUGCCUUACUUUCCGUAGCAGCCACACUAGUUUAUACUCCCCCGCUUAGUGGCCCUUCUAAGGUUGUGAAGUCUCUACCAGUGGUUCUGUUUGGCAUUUCCCUGAUUAGUGGUGUCACGUGUUUUAUAAUGCUUGUUGGCCUUUAUAUAUUAUGCUUGUAGAAAUCUCCUUAGGUCCUUGGCCCAUUAAUAGUGGGUUGUUGACUCAACCAGAGUUUUUGGUAGUCAUAUCCACAAAAGUAUUGCCCCACCCAGUGGAGCUAAUUAUAGCUUGCUUUUGGGAAUUUUAGUUUUAGCUCUUAGUUUUACUCUUUGAUCCAUUUUGAGUUAAUCUCUGUGUGUGAUGUAAGAGUCUGGCUUUCCAUCCAUCUCAUGUAGGUAUCUAGCUUUCCUCAUUGCCCUUUGGUGGGAAACCAUCCCACCAUGCAUGGCAGGGCUGUUUCUAAGCCUCAGCCUCUUUUUGUCUUGUGUCUUCAUGCCAUUGCCACUGUUUUGAUUGAUGGAACAUUAUAAUAAAAUUUGAAACCAAAAAGUGA